CAUUCAUAUCUUUCACCUAAAUUAUUUCCCAUAAAAUACCUAAAGCACGCAAGCACACUUUCUCUUGAUCUUUGAAUAACUGUUUUACAUGAUGGAGUAAAUAAAAUAAAACUGUAAUAUGAUAGAAGCAGAAUGGUCCUUGUAUUUUCAACAUGAAACAUUGAGAUAAUUUUACCCUGAAAUUCCAUAGUUGAGAAAUGGGCUUCCAGGAAAGACAUUGUAUUCGUGUUGGAUGGAUCUGAUGGAACGAGGAGUGGAUUCCCAGCAAUGCGUGACUUUGUUGAAGGAAUACUUGAGAAAAUUAAACUGGAGAAGGACAGAGAUAGAGUCUCUGUGGUCCAAUACAGCAGGGAACCUGGUGUCCACUUCUAUUUCAACACAUACAGAGCAAAGAAAGAUAUUGUUAAUACCGUAAGAGGUCUAAAGCACAAAGGAGGUAGACCCCUUAACACUGGAGCAGCGCUACAGUAUGUGAUAGACAAUGUCUUUACUGCCUCUUCUGGAUGUAGGCGCCUUGAAGGUGUUCCACAGCUACUGAUUCUUUUGAGUGGUGGAAGGUCCUUUGACAAUGUUGACACUCCAGCUGCUGCUCUGAAGGAGCUUGGUGUCAAGGUGUUUGCAAUUGGAACAAGGAGCUCUGAUAGCAGAGAAAUGCAGAGGAUAUCACAAGAUCCCAGUCACGCAAUGUCUGUCUCGGAUUUCACAGACCUUCCGAGCAUCCAGCAGCAACUGCUAUCCUCUGUGGAAACAGUAGUUGUUGGAGUUAUUACAGAAACCCCAACAAUUUUAGUUGAUCUUGAAACCGCCAGAAAGGAUGUGGUUUUCCUUCUGGAUGGUUCUGAUGGCACUAGGAGUGGUUUCCCAGCAAUGCGUGACUUUGUUCAAAGAGUAGUUGAGAAACUCACUGUGGAAGAGAACAGAGAUAGAGUUUCUGUGGUCCAGUACAGCAGAGAACCAGAGGCCAACUUCUAUUUGAACACUUACACAACAAAGGAAAACGUUGUUGACGCCGUAACAGGCCUGAGGCACAAGGGAGGAAGACCCCUUAACACCGGGGCAGCCCUCCAGUAUGUCAGAGACAACGUCUUUACUGCCUCCUCUGGAAGUAGGCGCCUUGAUGGUGUUCCACAGCUACUGAUUCUGUUGAGUGGUGGAAGGUCCUUUGACAAUGUUGACACUCCAGCCGCUGCUCUGAAGGAGCUUGGUGUCAGGGUGUUUGGAAUUGGAACAAGGAGCUCCGAUAAGCGAGAAAUGCAAAGAAUAUCACAAGAUCCUAGUUAUGCACUAUCUGUCUCAGAGUUCACUGACCUUCCGAGCAUCCAGCAGCAACUCCUGUCCUCUGUGGAAGCAGUAGUUGUUGAAGUUACUUCAGAAUCCCCAACAGUUUUAGGUAUGUUUCUUUGCUGA